AUGAGCUUGGGCUUUGGGAUUCAUCUGACCACAUCAAUCCACUCAUACUGGGAAAAGACUGUAACAGAAGCUGCCCCAGGGAUUUUUCUUGGCAUGUGCUCAAGUCUACUAGAGUGUAACUGGACACAUGCUCAUCGCAGUGGUUCAUGGUACGCACUAAGUUACUCCAUCACUUCCCCUAAGUUACUGCACUUUGUAGCCCUUGCUCUCUUCACCAGCACCAAUGACUUUCCUGGAAAGAAAGGCUGUGCUGUUGGGCCAUCAACGGCUAAUCCUCAGUUUGGGAAUGUCUCAGAUUUGAAUCACCAGGUGUGGGUCCUUCAGGGUGAGACCCUUGUGGCAAAUCCUAGGAGUCAGAAUGUAGUUCCAGUCACCAUCACUCUUAUCACAUGCAAGUAUCCAGAGUUAUUAGAAAGUGAUAAAGGGACUCCAAUUUAUUUGGGAAUAGCAAAUCCAGAAAUGUGUCUGUCUUGUGAGGAUGUUGAAGGGCAACCCACAUUGCAGCUGAAGAAGGAGAAGAUAAUGGAUCUGUACAACAAAAGUGAGCCCGUGAAGUCCUUCCUUUUCUACCGGAACCAGAAAGGCAGGACGUCCACGCUGCAGUCCGUGGCCUUCCCUGGCUGGUUCGUUGCCUCCUCAAAGAUAGGCCAGCCCAUCUUCCUCACUUCUGAGUUGGGGAAGUCUUACAACACUGAUUUUGAUUUAAAUAUAAAGUCUUGA